AUGGAAUAUGGAUAUUUCAACCCAUUUGUUUGUAUCCAUGAUUUUUAAUAUAGAGGAGAUUUCUUCGGGGAUGAUUCAGAAUAGAGAUUUAAGGAGAUGUGGAAGAUGUUUUUGAGUGUAGAGAAAGGGGGAGCGAAUUAAAGUGGAUUGGAUGAAAGAGAUGGUUUAGAUGGUAUUUAAUGUAUUAAAUAAUAUAUUAUCGUUAUGAACACUCAACUAAAAAUAUUACAAUUCAAGUAUGAAAUAGGACAGCCUAGCCAGUAUUAUUUCUUGAUUGCGUCAGGCAAGGAGCAAUAUUUCACAAGUACGUUUAAACUUCAACAUGGUCUCAACGACUUUAGAGACAAGUUCACUUUGUCAGUCUCACAAUUCAUUGACUUUUAGCUGUGGGAUUAUUGGGGAGAUCCUGUGAUGAAAGGAUUGGGGAGAUUGGAUAUUCAGAAGGUUCUGAAGGAACGUAAGGAUAUGCACAUAAUAUAAAUCUGGACUGAUGUGAAAGUGGGUGAGUUAAUGAUUUAACUUAUAUUUGAAGAGGAAAUGUUAUCACUUUAGUCUUCAUUAAAAGAAAAAUCAUCAUUUGGACUUCAGCCGAGCUUUUUGAGUUAGCAGGGAGCUUCCUUUUACGACAAUUAUCUUAAUGAUAAGCCUUUGGUGUAUAUGUCAGCUUCACGUAGUACUCAAUACAGACCCACUCAGUCCCCGGUGUUAUAGAUAAAAAAAUGA